AUGUCGCAGACCGUUGGCAAGACCCGUCUUGCGUACUCCCGGGCAUGGCACUAUGUUGAUGCCGGCUCAGACCCGCGUUCGCUCGGCCGUUUGGCCUCCGGCAUUGCUCUCGUCCUAAUGGGCAAGCACAAGCCUAUCUACGACCCCUCGACAGACUGCGGUGACUACGUUGUCGUCGCCGGUUGCCACGACCUCCGAACGACCGGCAAGAAGCGUUUCCAGAAGAAGUACUACCACCACAACACACGGCCUGGUAGCUUGAAGAGCAUGACAAUGGAUCAAAUGUUUGAGAAAUGGGGCGGUGGUGAAGUUUUGCGACGCGCCGUGAAGGGCAUGCUGCCUAAGAACCGUCUCCAGGAUCCCCGAUUGGCACGACUGAAGACUUUCGAGGGUCUCGCCCAUCCUUAUAAGGAGAACAUUGUCAAGUUCGGCAACAAAUCCGUUCUGGGCCACGCUGGAGUGAGGGAAGCUUUUGAGGAGGCCAAGACGGAAGCCACCGAAACGAAAGCAUCGGCAUAG